UCUCAUGAGUAAUGUAACUUUGAAGAAAAUAAUUAUAUACAAACAUUAGUAUUAAUAUCGGCUUAUUGUGGUACAUAACAAGUGAAUUCAGCGACGUGCUUUUAAUGAGCACAUUCUCCCCUCGCAACACCUCAAACUCUAGCAAACUGAGUAAAGCAACAGUGUGUGCAGUAUUGUGUGGCAUCUGACAUGUCCACGCAUGAUGGCACUUGCAAUGAGGAUAUAUAUUGUCCUCAGCCAGCCACUGUGGGUGUGGAGGUCGCGCCGCAGUUGUUAGCCCAACAUAUGAACGUUACGGCACCACCACCACCGCCGCAUACACUUUUGAUGGGAUCAACGUAUAUGCAGCCGCAAGCACAGCCACUGCAGCCAUCGCAACAGCAGCAGCCACCACAACAAUUGGCGCAACACUAUAAUGAGUACUUUUACAACUUGUAUGCAACACAACCUGGGCAACCGGAAACAUAUUCAGUUCUUCCGGUUGGGCAUGGAAAUUUUCUGAAAGUGUAUCACUGCCAAGAAAAUACUGCAGGUACGGGCAUUACUAAUGAUGGCACUGCACUAUACCAUGCACAGGCGCAAUCUCAAGCACCGCCACAACAAUAUCAACAACAGCCACAGCCAGCCUUUCAUAUGCGGCAACCACAACCGCAGGCCCAAGCACCACAGUACUUUAACAGCUAUGAACUAUUCUCAAGCAAUACUAUAAUGCCAACACCGGAUAGCCAGACCACACUUGGUCGUUCUGAGAUUAAAACGACAACAAUGACUCUCACGCAACAAGCACCUAUAUACGUGAUGAAUAACCAAGAAGAACCGAUUAUACCACAAAAUGCUAGUACGUCAACAACCAAUAUGAUUAUAAAUAAACUUGUAAAUAAUUGGUCACCAAAAGUAACAGGUGCACCAAUUCAACAAUUCCCAUUGCAAUCGCCCACAGUGCUAAUAAACCCUGAGUCAACUAAUAACGCCAUGGAACCAGAAAUAUUUAACAGCGGUGUCGUUCAAGUUUUGACAAAUGAUUUAGAAGAUCAAUCUAAUCUAAUAUCUGCUGCUCCAACACCAACACAACCGAUGCCAGUAUUGCCUGUAACUCAAGUACCGCCUAUAGAAUCGUUGUCAACUGAGAACCAAAAUAACUCCAAAGAUGCAGUGAGUAAUAACGCCAUUUCAUCAUCCAAUGCUGCCUUGUCGCCAACCGUGUCAGCAUCGCAGAUUAAUGUUGCGCCAGAAGUAAAGAAGAGAAUUGUAGCCGAAGUUAAACCAAUGCGAAUGUCUUAUUCAGAUGUAUUGAGUAAAGUGAAUGGUCAGCAAUCUGCUACCGGCCUGUUGCAAAACAAUAAUAAGCAGACAAAUGGCAAAAAUGGAAAAACUCCAGCACCUGAACGAAAAGCCGAAAACGGUAAAAGUAGUGCGGAUAACGGUAUUGGCUUACCACGUAGACAAAUUAGUAUUGGUGAAGAAGGGAACGUACGUUCGAGUAAAAAGUCUCCAACACAUGAAAACAAAGAGAACUUAUUGCAAAUUCAAAAUGGUAGUGCUGUGAAGAACACGAAACGUUUAAACAACGGCAACAAUACUGUUGCUUCGCCUGCCAAUGACCUUACUACAAACAAUAAUACUCAAAACAAAAAUGGCCAAAAAGGCAACCAGAAAUCAAUAGUCACUGAAGCUAACGUCGCCAAUGGAAGUAAGAGCAAUAGUAACGGAAUUUCCAAAAAGCGCAGCAGCAACAACAACAACAACAAACGAAGUGAAUUGGACACAAACAAAAUGGAACAGAAUGGUCAAAAAAGCACGAAAUCAAAUUCUGGCAAUAGUGAGAAAGACUUCAAUGGUUAUUACAAUAUAACGGCAAAAAAUAACGAGGGUGGAGAACGUGCUUCUAAGACGACUAAUAACGGCUAUGUUCCAAGUUCAAGUAACGUAAACACAUCGACAGCAAAUACUCGCAAAUACAACAAAUCGGCAUCUUCAUUCAACAAUAGUUCCAACUCUUCAUCUUUCAGUACGAAUCAGCCACGCACACGAUAUAGUAAUAGUAACUCGAAUUCCUCUUAUUCAUACUCAUCGAAACGUAGCCGAAAUACUAACUCUUCCUAUGGCAACACUUCGGCUGGGUCGUCGAAUAGAAACUAUGAAUUAGCUAAAAAGUUUUUAAGCACUUGGCUGGAAUAUACUAUAAAAAUACUGACCUGGCUAUUCUAUUUAAUCUAUGAUAUUGUGGUGCUUGGUUGCAGUGUGGCGUAUGAUCGCUUGGUACAUGCCUGUGAAUGUGGUAUUGUAUAUGCACAACAGCUCCGUAAGGACUUCAAGCAGAACUCAAAUAAACCAAGUAUUUGGUUGAAAAACUAUUGGCGACGAUUUGAUGCACGAUUCAAAAAGAAUUCACCAUGGGCAUUCUGGCGACGAUUCUACCAAAAGAAACCGCCUGAACCAUCAACGGAAAGUAUGAAAAGUGGACGUCUGCCACAGACCGGUGAGGAAGCCAUGUAUUCGCUACUUAACUGUAAAGGAAAGGAUGCGUACAGCAUAUUGGGAGUUCCACCUGAUUGUUCGCAGGAACAGAUACGUAAACACUAUAAGAAAAUCGCUGUUUUAGUACAUCCAGACAAGAAUAAGCAAGCAGGUGCUGAAGAAGCUUUCAAAGUCCUGCAACGUGCGUUUGAAUUAAUUGGAGAGCCGGAAAAACGUCUUGCCUAUGACCAGAGCCUAGCCGAAGCUUUAAACGCUGAAAAAGCGUGGACUGAGCUGCACGAUCUACUAUCGCAAUUACAAACUAAAAUAACAGAAGCUGCCAAUACAAUAAGGUGUAGUACUUGUGGUCUAAGACAUCCGCGCCGUUUAACCGAUCGACCGCAUUAUGCUGCAAGGGAAUGUGCUUCAUGCAAAAUUCGUCACUCUGCCAGAGAAGGCGACAUUUGGGCGGAAACCAGCAUGAUGGGUUUACGUUGGAGAUAUUUAGCGCUGAUGGAGGGCAAAGUUUAUGAUAUUACCGAAUGGGCUAAUUGUCAGAAAGGUGCACUUUCACACUUAGAGCCGAAUUCCCAUAUGGUGCAGUAUCGUAUUGUGCGCGGUGCACAACAGCAACAACAACAUCAGCAGCAACAACAGCAACCACAAUCCACUCAUUCACCACAUCACCAAAAUCCACAGCAGCCAUAUUCACAACAGCCGGGAUCCCAUCAUGAGCGAGGUGGCAGUGGAAAAUUCAAACGCAAUGUACCGCCGAGUGAAGCAUCGUUGCACGAGUUCCUCGACAACUUGUAUAGCGGUCAACAUCCGAAUGCGGCAAAUUCGUCAACGGCCUAUUCAAAUCCCUCACGAAGGCGUACACGUCGCAAUUAAUUCGCCACCGUUUUGAUUAAUUGCGAGCCUUUUCUAUUUUAAUCUCUUAACACAGAAUUAUUUUCUCUUCAAAUGUACAAUUUUUUUAUUACUUCAUUUAAUUCUUUAUAUAAUAUAUCUUUUUUUUAUCUAAGCUAUGCAUUAUUGCUUUAGAUAAUUACAGAAUACAUUGCAAUAAAUUAAUCAUUGUUAUGAGCGUACAUAUUUACAUGUAAACUCCUAUCGUAUAAAUAUAUUAUAUGUAUAUAUAUAUGCGAUAGUGCAUAUGUAUGCGAUUUUGUAGCUUAUCAUGGCAUAUACAUACAUAUAAAUUUGUAUGUUACCACUAGCUGACAAUGCAAAUGCAAUUGUUGCAAAUUACAUAUGAUUAUUUGGCACUUCUCAUUUUAACGUCAUUUCUACCAAAUAUAUUUAAAACAAAAUACCUUCUAUAAAAGAAGCAAAAAUUCAAUAAAAAAUACUUAACAAAACUAACUUUGAAUAAAGAAAAAAUCUAGCAUUAAACAAGCUGGCGUAUGAGAAAUUUCUCCACAUUGUAUGUAAACUAUAAAAAAAAAACACUUUAAUGGCUGCAAUGCCAAUGAAUAUUCUGUGCUAUUAUGUAUUGUAAUUAAGGGCAUUUGAUGUAUCAGUAAUUAAAAAAUUCAAUAAAAAUAAACAACAUGCGCUAAAUGCACAAGUUGCGAGCAUUAAAGUAA